AUGGGCUGCAAGUGCGGUGGGUUUCAUGAUUUUUUUUUUCGUAGUUGUGGAUAUUUCUUGUAUUUUUCGGGUUCGCAAUAAAAUCAUCAAAAUCUUGGAGAUUAUUUAAAAAUCCCUACUUCAUUUAUGAUGGUCCGGAUUUCGAUGAAUUAGAAAAUUCAUAAAAUUCAUACUAGACGUUCUAAAUUUAGAACUAACAAGUGGAGAAUUGUUAAAUUCCAACACUUUGAUUUUUUUUAUUUUUAUUCAUGAAUCACUUUUACAAAAAUAUCAUUUUUAUACGUGUGUAAAAAAAAUCCUGAAAAAUCACUCUCAGGUUGAAUUUAUCGAACAGAUUCAAUUGCUUCGAGAUAACCCGUAUAUCGAAAAAUAUGGGAUAAAGUUCUAAAAAACGUUUAUUUUCUACUUCUUCGCGCUCGUUCAAUUAGAAGCAGCCAAAAAUAACUUUAAAAAAAAGUUGUUUAUCUCCUAGUUCUCGCAGCUGAUGUCCGUUGCAUUCGAAUAGAAAUACUAGGAAGAAGGAAAUUGUAAACAAAUGUCACGUGGGUCUGCGAUACAGCUGAUUUCACGGCUCUUAGUGUGAAUUCUAGGAAACAAAUGAUGAGUUUUUGGGUUGACAUUAGUUUUUGAAGAUUUUUGAAAUUUAUUGAGCUCACAUUUGAAAGGUUUCGCUGAAAAAAUGAACUAUGUUUUUUUGCGUUCUCUAACGUUUGGAGAAAACUUUUUUUGAACCUGGAAAAAUUUUUUUCGGAAUCUGCAAAAAAGGUUUAUCAUUAAAAAAACUUCAGAACCGAAAUUUCGAAAAAAACAUAUAUAUUUAUAAAGCUCUAAUAAUUCGAAUAAAAAAUAAAAAUAAAAUGAUUGCAAUGAAAUAACGGAAAAAAAAAAUUGAAAAGAAAAAAACAACUUGAUGUUUGCGGCUCUGAUAGUUCCCCACUAAAAUUAGGCUUUACUUUUCGAAUAUAAAUUUUCAAGCGUCUCUUUCACUGAAAUUCUGUUCCUCAUCUUAAUUUCCUUUAUAAUUUGAUCAUUUAAACGUAUUAAUCAACUAUUUUUAGACUGUAAAAACUCCAACUGCGGCUGUGGCGACAAUUGUACUUGCACGAUGCAAAAGUGCAGCGAAAAAUGCAUGAGAUCGUGUUGCAAAGUCGCUUCGGACAAGAAAUGCUGUGCUGGUAAGCUUUUUGAACUGUAAAAAAAAAGAAAAAUGCAUAUUAUAUGAAAGAUAUCUUCAAGGAAUCUAUAGAACUUGAAGAACUUUUUAAAUAGAUUUAUUUACCCUCUGAGGUGAUUAUUGUUCAAAAAAUGUCCUUAACUUUUUUUCAGACGGCUGUCAGAGCGGCUGCAAUUGUCCGACUUGCAACUGCAGACACGAACACACGGACAAAUGUUCCCACUAA